UAGUGGCGUUGCUGAGUGUUGAGUACUGAUCCUUCAGACAAGAUACCUCCAUGUUUUACCUAGCCUAGCUUAGCUCAUCUCAGCUCAGCUCAGCUUCUCUUCCUUCCAUCAUUCGGUGCUGAGCGCUGGCAGCGUGGACAAAUCGUGUCGACCAGGCGUUCUUGCCGUGAUUGCUUUGCACUAGGCUUUGACGAGCCACGCACCAUCUUCAUCUGGCCCUGGUCCGUCCACUUCGAUAUUUCAUGAUGCGGAUCGUCCUUACACCUUGUAGAAGGCACAUUGAGACCGUCGAGCCAUCACAACUAUGCCGUUUCUCCGGAGCGACAUGCGAAAGCUCGCUCGCGUCAGCUAUCGCCGCACACGCCAGCGCAUCCUUGCGACGGUGAAGUUCUUCCAACUGUUCGCUGCGCUCAUUUCCCCCGUCUCGACGCUCUACGAGAUUCCGGCGGUAUCUCAGCCGUGGUUCUUAGUGAUCUCACCAGCUGCGCCGCCGAUAAAGGUCCGAGAUCCUCCGCUGUGCAUCGUGCUCGGAGCCUUCAGCUUGGCACUCAAUGUCAUUGCAAAUAUCUUGCUCCUCGUUUCUUUCAGCCACGCUUCCGUCGCCAUAUGGCGUUUAACUUCAGCAAUCUCUUUUCUGUUUUUCAUUGCCGAGCUCGUCAUUGCCUUAGUCAAUAUCACUGUGUACGGCGUAAGGCGCCACAGCAUUCACAAGGACUACGUUUAUCAGGAAGGUUUCUGGUGCGCAGUCGGCUCUCUUAUGAUGGUGGGCCUUGUCGUCCUUUUCCUUUCACUUCAUCAUGCAACCUACUCGCGACCACAAGCGCGAAAGCGACAGGAGGAAAACGUUCUCCCAAACAUAAGCUCUCGGGACACACAGGGGGAAAUGCGUCCUGCCACGCUGAGCAUAACUUCCAAUCAGUCUACCAAUGCUUCACAAGGCAUCGAAAUGCAGCGACAAGGUAGUGGUUUGGCCAAAGAACAGCGAAAAGCUGCAUAUUCCGACGAUCGGAGGCGCCUGAUCACCAUGCGCUUAAACUCACGAGCCUUCCUUCUCUCACAAUUUUCACUUUACUUUGUCGUCGGUGUCCAAGCCCUCACCUUCAGUAGAAUCGAGUGUUGGUCAUACUUUGACGGUAUUUAUUUCACCGUGAGCUCUAUGCUUACUGUGGGCUUCGGCGAUUUGCAUCCAUCAAAGCCUAGCACGAGAAUCAUGCUUGUCCCAUUUGAGCUCGUUCUGAUCGCUUUACUCGCGACUGAGAUCAACACCAUCGUGGCAGUGCUGGGCGGAGGGCGCGAAGAGCGACGGAAGCAAUUCCUCCGCAUGGUAGAGAGGCACUUCGAAAACGCAAGAAAGAAGGCUCACCGCCACAAGGAUGCUCCACCGAAGAGGAACCAAACAACAGCCUGCGGCCAAGGGGAAAGGUCAAUCCCGGCAGCUCCGGCCAACGCAGAAGGUUCACACCCGCAACAUUCUCGCCUAUUGCGCGAGUCUGAAGCACAAGAAGCGCUUCAAAUCGAAGAAAUGAGACACUGGGAGCAUCUGCACGCGAGACAAGAGCGAAGUCUGCAGCUCUUCAACUUUAUUGCAAGCCUGAUUUUGUUGAUGGUCUUUCUAAUCACCGGCGCGGCACUCUUUACGGCCACGGAAGCGUGGUCCCUCGGUACCUCGCUGUACUUCACUUUCGUCAGUAAUGUGACACUUGGAUACGGAGAUGUCACUACGACGGCCGCAGGAAAAGUAGUCUGGGUGCUCUACGCGCUCUGCUCUGUGCCAGUAACCACUUCCUUUGUGGUGCAGACGCUCGCAUCGAUCCUAUGGGACAGCGUGCGCCGCCGCCGAAAAAGAGUCGAAGCACGAUUGGAAGCAGAGCAAGGAUUUGAAAGCGGUCGGGUCCAGCCCGCAACACACGCUGAGCUCAUUCGCCGUGCCCAUGUUGAGUUGCGCGACAUGAUGGCACUGCAUGGAAAUGACAAGAAUGAAGACGCGCUAGCAAAGGCAAAAGACAUGCACAGGUUGCUUCUCGAAACUGCGCUCGGGGCUGCGUUUCAGCUAGAUGUGCAGGCGCGCUCGCUCUUGCUCCGCCACUUGCGUCCCGUGUCAACACCUUGGCUCUUGCUUCGAGCAGAUGCCAGCCUUGAGCAGCAAGAAGCUCAAGCAAAGAAAGGUGGCCCACCGCGAGGGACGCAUGCAGCUGUUCUGGACGGCGAGGACGAUUUGAUCCAAGUCGAGCAGUACCGCACCCUCUUUGCACGCCUAUGCUCCAUCACCGAAGAAUUGCGAAGAGCAGAGUUGCGGGAAAAAGCAAUACUCUCUUCUUCGCUACCGUCAGAGUUGGCUAGCGAUGGAAACACCGAAUGUUGCUGAACAGUUAAAACGAAUGACCCAGAGCUUUCGGCUCUUAUGCAAAAUUCAUUCGAAGCUCUAACUUGAUCUUUGUAUAUAAUACACGUCAAUUGAGAAUAUUCCCUACAGCCAUGCGGCCCAAUUUGGCUCCUGGCAAGGUAAGAGGCGGUCAGUGUGUGACUGUGAGGAGUCGAGCUGUGACGCGGGACGACUCACCUGUAGCGCCAGCUUGCUUGGAUUACUAGCUGAAUUGAUGAGGUCAAGCACUGUCUGAGAUACAGGUGUGGUGCUCGGGCCAUG